UACGGCGCGGUUUACUUCUUUUUCUUAAACGUUUGUUUUUGCUUAAAACUUAUCUGUGCUUUCUCACUCUUUUCAUUGUAUCUAAGCUAAAAGACUAGAACCAUGGCCAAUUCUUAUUGGAGGUAUAGCAACUCUCGCCAACCUCCGCCGUCCACCUCAAUCCCUCCUUUCGUAGGCAAACGCACUCGCUCCGAUUAUGUCUCAGGCGGCCAUGAGCUUUCUAGUUAUUAUUCACAGGAUGAUGGAGGAGCAAUGCGGGUAACUGGAGAUGGUGACUUCAUUGGAGCAUCUUAUGAUCGUUACCUUCACGGCACGCAACUGUCAUCAUUUAGUGGGUCUGCAAGACCAAUGAGCGGGGGAAUGCCUCGCCAUUCUGUUGAUGAUCCCCAUAUGGUGGGUAUCGGUGGUGUUGAUCCUGAGCCAACAAUAAAAGAUAGGACAUUAAGAUUUGGCAGUGGAAGGCCCGAACCUUCUCUUCCUCCUGAUGCAUCCAGCACUCUCUAUGUAGAGGGAUUGCCUUCGGAUUGUACGCGCCGAGAAGUUUCUCAUAUUUUCCGCCCCUUUGUUGGGUACAAGGAAGUGAGACUUGUAACCAAAGAACCUAGAUAUCCUGGAGGAGAUCCGAUAAAACUUUGUUUUGUUGAUUUUCUAAGCCCUUCUCAUGCUGCCACUUCAAAGGAUGCUUUACAAGGUUAUAUAUUCAAUGAGCAUGGCCAUGACUCUGUCAAACUAAGGUUGCAAUUUGCUCGCCACCCUGGUGCAAGGGUAGGUGGCGGGCAUCGUGGCAAGCGCUGAGUUGUUCGAUCUGCAGGAUUUGCUUGAAUAUGGGAGGUUUUGAUAACGAGGGAUGGUAAAAAAGCCUUGUGAUUUCUCGAGAACUAUGCCAGUCUUGAUAUGGUCGCUUUUAUUAGGAUGAACGUUUUAGUUGUUUAGUUUUCGAUACUUUGAGGACAAUCGCUAGAUAUUUUAAGAGUGUUUCUCUUUCUGGUAGAAAGCAGCGAACUGUAUUUGGUUUUAUUAUUUGAAACGACUUCAUGUGCAUUUCACC